AUGGCAGUAAGCGGACUGUUGAUGCUCCUUGUGUUGGGAUCUCUGUGGACGGGUUGUUCUUGUCUACCAGAUAGAUGUCGAAUACAGAGGCGGAGCUACUUUGGGACACUGUCAUUGUGGGUUGACUGUGAUCAUCUAAACCUCGCCACGCUUCCUGAUGGCAUACCGUCUAACACUGAACGAUUUUGUGCCGAGUACAACAACAUCAGAAAUGUCUCCUAUAUGCCUUCUCUACCAGGACUACUGUGGCUGGACCUGGGUACGAACGCCAUCGAAUCGUUUGCCUGGACGUCUUUGCGUAAUCUGCCAAAUUUGAGGUUUCUUUAUCUAAAUAUAAACCGACUACGGUACGUACAGCUUGGUAACGUCAUUGAGCAUCUACCGAAGCUGAAACAUGUAGAUCUAAGUUACAACAAGAUCACGUCUAUCUCUCGAUACGAACUGGGGCGACCACAGGUGAAAAAAGCCUACAUCAUGGACAACCCCUUUCACUGUGACUGCUACCUCUUCUGGCUGAUUGAAAAGAUGGCGUGUUUAACAGCAUGUAAAGGGGAAGACGAAAAGGCCUGUUGUCUUUCGUGUUCAGCCUGCUUUCUUGCCGGCAUCCUAAAAUAUAAGGCGUUCAGAAUGACCUGCCACAGUCCAAAUGGACUGAAAAAUCUGCCUUUAUCAGACGUUUUCAGCCAUCUGACGGGUUGUUGGCCACACCAGCCGACCACAGAAGCCCAUGAUUAUUCCCCCAACAUUCUACUCAGCGCCAUGGCAGGGACUUUGAGCUCCCUUACUCUGAUGAUAUUGUGCCAUCAUCUGUAUGAGAGGAAAUGCUACGGCUAUGUCCACGUUCAUUAA